CUUCCUUAAGCGACAACUUUUUGAGCAAACCACAGGGCGGAGGAGGGGUUUGUCCCGCGGCGAGAGGGGAGGAGGAGGAGGGGGAGGAGGAAGUAAGCAAGCGAGGGCAGCGCCGGGGCUGCGCGGGCGGGGUGUUGCGCCGUGCAUUUCUGCCGCCCCUCGUCUCUCCGCCCCGGCCCGGCCUGCCGCACGCCCGGUGUCCGCCCGAGCCGCACACGGGGGCAGCCGGGGGCGCGAGGGAACCCGGCAGCGGCGGCGGCUCCCCGAGCUCCGCUCCGCCAGAGGCUGCUGCGAGGGGCUGCCAUGAGGAUCCGGCUGGCGAGAAGAUGGACGUGGGUCCGCAGAAGCUGCGUGCUGCUCGGCUUCUUGAUGGUCGCCUACUUCGCGUUGGAGUUGUCGGUUUCUUCCUUCGGUGCCUCCCUCGCUGGGGAGAGCGUCUCCAAAGGCAAACGGGAGCGGCGCUUUACGGACGGAGCAGAAGAGGCAGUGGAUUUGGCUCGUCCGGUUUAUGACAAAUCCCCGCCUGAUUCUUACGCCCCGGGAGAAUGGGGCAAACCCACUCGCUUGCAGCUGAGCCCUGAGGAGAAGAAGCAGGAAGCAGAGCUGAUUGAGAAGUAUGCAAUUAAUAUUUAUUUGAGUGAUAAAAUCUCUCUCCAUCGGCACAUUGAAGACAAUCGACUGAGUGGCUGUAAAACUAAAUCUUACAACUACAGAAAGCUGCCUACAACGUCUGUUGUAAUUGCCUUUUACAAUGAAGCCUGGUCCACGUUGCUGCGGACAGUACACAGCGUUCUUGAAACGUCUCCUUCUGUGCUUCUGAAAGAAAUCAUACUGGUGGAUGAUUUGAGUGAUAAAGUGUAUUUGAAAACUGACCUUGAGAAGUACAUAAGCAGUCUGAAAAGAGUUCGUUUAAUACGGACCAACAAACGGGAAGGACUGGUUCGUGCACGCUUAAUUGGAGCUACUUUUGCUACCGGUGAUGUCCUCACGUUUCUCGACUGUCACUGCGAAUGUGUCUCCGGCUGGUUAGAGCCGUUGCUUGAGAGGAUUGCCGAGAAUGAGACUGUUGUCAUCUGUCCUGUUAUUGACACCAUCGACUGGAACACAUUUGAGUAUUACAUGCAGUCAGCAGAGCCCAUGAUUGGGGGCUUCGACUGGCGACUGACGUUCCAGUGGCACUCUGUGCCGAAACACGAACGUCUGAGGCGCAAAUCUGAAACAGACCCAAUCAGAUCCCCAACUAUGGCUGGGGGCUUGUUUGCUGUCAGCAAGAAGUAUUUUGAGUACCUGGGUACCUAUGAUACAGGAAUGGAUGUUUGGGGAGGAGAGAACUUAGAGUUAUCAUUUAGAGUGUGGCAGUGUGGAGGCAUGCUAGAAAUUCAUCCGUGCUCCCAUGUAGGCCAUGUGUUUCCAAAGCGUGCACCAUAUGCUAGACCGAAUUUCCUUCAGAACACAGCACGUGCUGCUGAGGUGUGGAUGGAUGAGUAUAAAGAACACUUUUACAACAGAAAUCCUCCAGCGAGAAAAGAAAACUACGGAGAUAUUUCUGAGAGAAAGCUACUGAGAGAGCGUUUGAAAUGCAGGAGUUUUAACUGGUAUUUGAAAAACGUCUUUUCUGAGUUGCAUGUACCAGAAGAUCGUCCUGGCUGGCAUGGGGCUGUCCGCAGUGUAGGAAUAUCAUCAGAGUGCCUAGACUACGUUUUACCAGAACAUAAUCCUGCUGGGGCUCACCUUUCUCUCUUUGGAUGUCACGGUCAGGGAGGAAAUCAAUUUUUUGAGUACACAUCAAAUAAGGAGUUUAGAUUUAACUCUGUAACAGAGCUAUGUGCUGAAGUCCCUGAGCAAGAGGAUUUCAUAGGUAUGAGGAGCUGCCCAAAAGAUGGAUCUCCUGUCCCAGAAAUUAUUAUAUGGCAUUUCAAAGAAGAUGGGACUAUUUAUCAUCCUCAUUCUGGAAAGUGCCUUACUGCUUAUCGUACUGCCGAGGGGCGUGCUGAUGUGGAAAUGAGAACUUGUAAUGCUGCAGAUAAAAAUCAGAUGUGGAAAUUUGAGAAAUGAUCACUAGCAGUAGUAAGAAUCAGGUGGAGCAGAGUCUCCAAGGUUUUUACAUACAUAGCAGAUAGCAACAUUGGAAUGUCUUCAGAUGUGUCUUUCCUGUAGUGGUGUAGGAAUUAUCUGCUGUGGUGAACUGUAUGGAAAGCAAAAGCAAAUGGUGGGAGUUAGUUUCUGAAACAGUGAUUUACACUUCUUAUGCCUUCUAUUUUUGUAAAUUUUGCCCAAUUAUUUUCUUAUUUUGGUCUCUGUUGAUUAUGGGAAAACAAAUCCUUUUGAGUGGACUGAAGAGGAAUUUUCUCGUUGUUUACUCUUUAAAAAAUGAGCGCAUUAAACCUGCAAGGUAACAUUACGUGCAAGUAAAAAUUUUGUACUUGCUGAAGUGGAGGUUCUUGCAGUAUUUGACCUAUUUGCAGAUUCAUCAUAAUAUACGUAUCUAUCAUCCUAAAUUAUGCUACAGUAGCACGUGACUGAAUUCACAGUGAUGUGGAAAGCUGAAUCUUAAGUCUUGGAAUAUUCUGCAGUUUUUUAGGGAAUUUACACAUACUAUUUAGGGUUUUAGAGUGACCUCUAGCUAAAAUACUCCACUGAAGAGAAGGACUUUUUAGGGGGUGGAUUUGGGCACAGCUUUGCAGUCUUGCUCUUGUUCUGUAAAACUUACCUGGCCAGGGUGAGUCUCAUGGAUGAGUCUCAGAACGUAGUAGCAGUGAAACCAAGGACGUGCUACAGGUGCUGCAAAUGGAAGAAAUGAAUAGUUAGAAGUAUGAGUUCUGCUGGAAGGUAGCAGGGAAGGAAAUAAAGUGCAGAAUUACUGCUGCUACAGCUACUGCUGUUUCUUUGCUGUGUAUUUAGUAUUUACAUCAUUGUGUAAGCUUUUCCUUGUUAAGUUUGGCUUCCUAGAGAGACAAAGUCUAUGUGACUAUGCCAUGUAUCCAUUUUUUUUGGAUUUUAAGGAAUCUUUCAUGUUUUAGACUGGCAGCAAGGGAAAGGAGAGAAAUACAAAUGAAAAGUUAGACUGUCUUACUUUGUGUUAUGUAUUUGGCAAAAGCUGGCAUGGUCUGCACGCUCAGUAGAGUUUGGAAAUAAUGCAGCGUACACAGCUUCUUUCUAUUCACCAUAUUGUUCUGGGAGACCUAGUCUGGAGUUGCUGAGGCGAAGAGAGUUGGAAAGGCAAAGGACACAUUAUAAGAAAACAAGGUGUCCUGUGAACCAUCUAACCAAUCUUAUUUUUAAUGUUUUCUGUAUCCAGUUAUACUAAGUUUUGAGUAAUACCAAUUCUAGAAUCAUGUCACUAAUUAGCUUUCAGUGUGAUUAUAGAUAGUAGAUGUGACAGAUAUGUUUUUGUAUUUGAAAAAAGAAAUCUUGAUUCUGUGUUUUUUUUAGCUAUAUACAAUUAAGUUGAACACUUACCUUAAUGCUUUGGGCAUUCUAACUUUGGUUGGUUUCUUACACUGAAGUGGUAAAUGUCUUUCAGUAGUCACAAUGUAGUAAUCCUUGACUCUGGGCUGGUGGGAACUUGAACUUGUGAGCAAUAAGAAUCUGGAUAAAGACACCUGAGGUAUGCAGUAGGUGCACAUUUGCUAAAGGCGUUGGUAAGUAGAAGGGUUAAAGGGGAGCAAGUGAGACCUGAAAUAAGUGAAUAUAUUAAAGAUAAUAAAGCAAGAGUCAAUAAAGAUGUAUGUUGGAAGCUAAGUGAUUUUAAAGAGUUGAAGACUUUGGGUGCAAACAGGCUGAGAUUGAAGGGGAGCAGAGGAAGAAAGUUUGGAGCGGGGGAUGUAGUGUUAAAUCAUGCUCAGAAUGCUUGCCACUGUGUGGCAUGGGUUGUUUUAAGCCUUUAACUUAUUUUUAGGAGGUUACUUACAACUUAUUUUUUUCCUCUUUCUUUUUUCCUUUUUUUUUUUUUUUUUUUUUUCUCCCCAAAUACAAUUUUGGGGUAAAAGGGAGCUUCUUUACUAUAUAAGGGACACAUUCCUGAAAAAUUCCAUUCCACUGCAGUAAGGAAUUAUUUUGUUGACCUACAAGUUAUGAAUCAUGUAUCAAAUUGUAAAAGGCAACCAGUCAUUAAGUACUGGAGGAGCAAAUUAUACAAAGUAUAUGCUCUUGUGAAAAGCUUGCUGUAGGCUGCUGCAUUCAGUAGGUACAACAGUAAAAAGGCCUGGGUUCUCCUACAUGACCGAAGCAUCAGUUGUAUAUGCCAUGCAUGUUUCCUCAGAUGAAAGUAAAUAGCAUGAGUAUAGACUAUGCAAAUUUUAUGGAAUUAACUUUUUUAGGACUUGACAAAAACUAUAUUUUGUAUAAAGAACUACCUUCAUGUUAAAUCUGACAUUCAAAGUGUUCCUUAUCUAUUUAAGCAAUAAAUCAUGAAGCAAUGAAUCUGCCUCAUAAAGUUUAAAAACUUGUUCUGUCUAUGUGUACUUGAACCUUUCUUCCUUCUCCCCACCACCUCCUGUUCUACUUUUGUGGUUAUUUAAAACCUAAAUAGAAAUGGGGGGGGGGGGGAACAAAACCAAAAAAGGCAGAAGUAAACAACCUAGCCGAAGUAAACGAUCUGGAUUUCAGACAUAAAUAUAUAUUAUUUUUUCCCAAAUGGAGGAAAAAAGUUGAAGUGGGGGAAGUAGGCAAGGAGAGAAAGACAGAAGAAAAAACUUACCAUCGAAGUUGAGCUAGUCCUGAACUGAGUUGUAGCAGUUACACAGAAAUACUCUAAUCUGGUUGUUUUCCAGUGCCUACAGAUUUCUGGAAAAUCUGGAACUGAGGAAGAUUUUCUAUUCUUUUAAACUUUGAAAAUUUGGGGAGCACUUGUGUAUAUUUUGAACUACUGAUUUUUUUAAGUGACUUAAGAAACUGAAUGUAAACUUAACACUGAAUAAAUGUGAGAUUACUUUGAUGUUUCUCUUGAAAAAUAAAUUCCAGAAUGAUUAUUUAAA